CAUGUUGGCUGCUGCGCAUCGCUCCCUCUCUGCUACAAUCUGCUCGUGCCCAGUGUAUUGCUCUGAGUGUGUCUGUCCUGCUUUGGUCCCUGUAGCCUAAACACCCACCGCCCCUCCCUCUCCUCUGGCUUAUCUGGGUGAGUGCAGCUCUCUGUGCCAUCUGUCUGUGUCUUGUUGCUGGAUGCUAUUGUGUGACUGGCCCUGGGCUCUGUUUCCGCACCAAUCUCUGCCCACCCCCACUCUCCAUCACUGCCUCUCUGCCUGCCCUUCUGCCUGCCCAUUGCACUGGCAUUCUGUGGAUUUGGGAUAAACACAGCAAGGUCACCAUGUUGCUUCAAUCACCUUCUUAACCGAUCAGUAAUAUUCUGGGCAUUGAAGUCUGCAGCAACAGGAUAUCUUUCAGCCUAAGGGGUUUCUUACCGACUUAUAGGAAAUUUUCAGAAAUCAUGGAUGCUGCGAAAAUGACUGUGAGUAUAAACAAAGCCAUCAACACUCAAGAGGCAGCUGUGAAGGAAAAGCAUGCAAGAACUUGCAUCUUGGGAACACACCAUGAGAAGGGAGCGCAGACUUUCUGGGUGGCGGUGAACCGCCUCCCUCUGUCCAGUAAUGCAGUCCUGUGCUGGAAAUUCUGCCAUGUUUUUCACAAGCUUCUGAGAGACGGCCACCCCAGUGUUCUAAGGGAUUCUCUUCGUUAUAAAAAUGAACUAAUUGAUAUGAGCCGAAUGUGGGGUCACCUUAGUGAAGGAUAUGGACAGCUGUGCAGCAUCUAUCUCAAACUUCUGAUCAUUAAGAUGGAGUUCCAUACAAAGAAUCCACGUUUCCCUGGAAAUCUACAGAUGACUGACAGGCAACUGGAUGAAGCUGGGGAGAAUGAUGUAAACAAUUUUUUUCAGUUAACAGUGGAAAUUUUUGAUUACAUGGAGUGGGAGCUUAAUUUAUUUCACACAGUGUUUAAAUCUCUGGACAUGUCACGCUCGGUUUCUGUUACUGCUGCUGGCCAGUGCCGACUGUCACCUCUAAUACAAGUCAUCCUGGAUUGCAGCCAUUUGUAUGACUACACUGUCAAGCUGCUCUUCAAACUGCACUCCUGCCUUCCAACAGACACCUUACAGGGACAUCGAGAUCGCUUCAUGGAACAGUUCCAGAAAUUAAAAGAUUUGUUUUACCGUUCAAGUAACCUGCAGUAUUUCAAACGCCUUUUACAGAUUCCCCAACUACCAGAGAAUCCGCCAAACUUCUUGCGGGCUUCAGCACUGUCGGAACACAUUAGCCCUGUGGUGCUAAUACCAAGCGAAAACUCACCUCCUGACAGUGAGACACUUAUAGAGACAGAAGAUCUUGUAGGGAUGGAUACAUUAUCACAUCAGAGUCUGUCUGAAAAUACGUUUGAUGAUAUAUUUGGCAGCUCUUUCAGCAAUGACCCUUUUAACUUCAGCAACCAGAAUGGCAUGCGCAGGGAUGACAAAGACCACCUUAUAGAACAGCUGUACAAAGAAAUUGCAGUGCUAAGGGAUGAACUGGGAAACUACAAAUCAGAGAACCAUCGCUUGGUCACUAACCUUAAAGGGCGGAUUCAAGAGCUGGAGGCAGAAUUUGCUGAGCAGAAGCACCUCAGAGAACAGGCAGUGGAUGAGAAUGAAUUCCUGCGUACAGAGCUGGAGGAUCUGAAGAGGAGAAGAGAGGAUACAGAAAAAGCACAGAAAAGUCUGACUGAGAUAGAACGAAAGUCCAUUGCUAAUGAGCAGCGCUACACAAAGCUGAAGGAGAAAUAUGCUGAACUCGUGCAAAGCCAUGCAGAACUCCUGAGGAAGAAUGCUGAAGUAACAAAGCAAGUGACCAUGGCACGUGAAGCCCUUGUUGACAUGGAACGUUCUAAAAAAGAGCUUGAAGAUUCCUACCAACGAGUGAAUGAACACACACAGAGAAAGGCACACGAGCAAAUACAAGAAAUGGAUCAACUACAAGGGGCAUUGGAGUCCAGCAAACAAGAAGUCCAUCUUCUGAAAGGAAGCAUAGAAUCCUUUAAGCAAGAGGGUCAGGUAAGGGUUAUGGAGCUGAAGGAGAGUGUUAUUGAUCGUGUACUGCAGGAAGCUGAGUCCAUUAUUCAAGAAUCUCUUAGGCAAUUAGAUGAACCCCAAUAUUCAAGUGGAACAUUAUCUGCAGAUUUUCUUAUCACAAGGACCCAGGCGGCAGUGCAAAGUGCAGAGAAAAUGGAGGAAGCCUGGAAAGCUCACAUGAUAGACCCUUCAGAUAUAAGCUUGUUGCUUCCACCUCUUGUUCAGUUUGCACAUCGGAUGAGUGAUGUCAUUCUUCAGGGAGCUCAGACAACAACAUCUGACAGGUUGAGUGACGGCUGCAGGACAUGUGGUACAGAAGCGCUUAGCUACCUCUCCAGCCUUCGAAAGGAUGAGACCGAGGGAAGGGUUGACUGCAGUAGGGUUACUGCAGCACUGAAACAUAUAACUGAGAUUGCUCAGGAGCUGCGACCUCCCUCACUGGAUAUCAGAGAAGAAGAGCUGGGGGAUCUUGUAGAGAAAGAAAUGGCUGCCACUGCAGCAGCCGUAGAGACAGCUGCCACUAGAAUUGAGGAAAUGUUAAAUAAAUCCCGAACUGAUGACACUGGAGUAAAAUUACAAGUAAAUGAACGGAUUCUUGGAUCAUGCACAGAUCUCAUGCAGGGGAUAAAAGCUUUGAUAUUGGCAUCUAAAGACCUACAAAAAGAGAUUGUUGAAAGUGGAAGGGGUGCAGCAUCUCAAAAGGAAUUUUAUGCCAAGAAUUCUCGCUGGACAGAAGGGCUGAUCUCUGCAUCGAAAGCUGUGGGUUGGGGAGCUACUGUAAUGGUUGAUGCAGCAGACCUUGUGGCCCAGGGCCAGGGGAAGUUGGAGGACCUCAUUGUGUGUUCCCAUGAAAUUGCAGCAAGCACAGCCCAGUUGGUGGCAGCUUCUAAGGUAAAAGCUGAGAAGAACAGUGCCAACCUUUCUAAGCUGCAACUGGCCUCCAAAGUUGUUAAUCAAAAUGCAGCCGGGGUUGUGGCUUCUACGAAGUGUGUUAUGUCUCAGAUUGAGGAAAAAGACACUAUGGACUUCUCUAGCAUGACCUUGACACAGAUUAAACGUCAGGAGAUGGAUUCUCAGGUGCGAGUCCUGGAACUGGAAAAUGAACUUCAAAAGGAGCGAGAGAAGCUGGGGGAGCUAAGGAAAAAGCAUUAUGAUUUGGCUGGGGUUUCUGAAGGCUGGGGAGAUGCUGCAGAAUAACCUUCCCUGUCACGUCCUCUUACAAUAACAAUUGCACAUACGGAGUCAAACUCAGACUUGAAAAGCACACGUCUAUUCAGUAUAGAACCUCUCCAACAUAGUCAGAGCUCACUGGCACUGGGCAUUCCUGACAGAUCACAGAGCGUCAAUGAGCAGCAGGAGUGAAAAAAGAAGGAAAUCUUUAUCAUAGCCGCUCAACACUUCUCACCUUCAAUGUGCUUGGAAGAAAGAAAAAAAAAGAAAUAUUCAAUUUCUAAAUGUAUACUUUUGUUUAGGACACUGCAGGACAGAAAAAACUAACUCGCAGAGAGUUCUGCAGCCUCUUUGGCAUCUGAGUGUUAUAAUUUGCUUCAGACUCGGGACUUCAGUGAUUACAGAAUGCUUAACCACAGUAUUUACCACAAAAAUGGCAUUGAAAGACUUUCAGUUUAUGUAAGACCUUCCGAGGGUAUGCAGAAACAACUUUCAUGAAGCACUGUUGAUUUGUCUAUUAGCUGUUAAACAUGCAAAGCAAUAAUCUGACAAUUCUAUGUUUAGUUUGGUGGACUAAGUAGAAAUUCAACUCUGUGAAAUAUGUUUACUAUGUAUACAUGAAAUAUUGUAAUCAUUCCCAAGAUGUCUUUACUGAGAGCCAAGAUCACAUCAAAGAGGCAUGUUGCCAUUACGUACACACUUUAUGACCAAAAGUAUCCAGACACUGUUUUAAAUUAGUGUAAAUCGCUAUUUAAGACACACUCAUUGCUAACACGCAUAUGAUUAAGCAGACAGACGUGUAAUUGUCAGCAGCAAACAGCAUGUGUCAUAGUAAAGAUCUCAGUUGUUUUCA